CUCACACUUUCCCCAAACUCUCUAAACUCCUCUCUCAGAGUGUGACUGAUCCCCACCUCAGCCUGCAGCACCUCGCUUCUUGUGUUUCAGAAGGAUCGGAGACGCAGCUAUGACGCAGAGUAACGGCGAGACGCAGCGUUCUGGAAGCCGCAUGCAGCAGAUCCGAGACAGAAUGACGGCGCGAUCGGUACGAGCUCGGAACGCCGUGCAGAACCUCAAGGCUAAAGACGUCCAGUCCUGCUUCAGGAGAAACGCGUUUGUCAUCCUCACCAUCGCUGCUGUCAUCAUCGGUAUCAUCCUGGGAUUUGCACUGCGCCCCUAUAAGAUGACGUAUCGGCAGGUGAAGUACUUCUCGUUCCCUGGAGAGCUGUUAAUGCGCAUGCUGCAGAUGUUAGUGCUCCCCCUGUUGGUCUCGAGUCUAAUAACAGGUAUGGCGGCGUUGGACAGUCGAGCGUCGGGCAGGAUGGGUAUGCGAGCUGUGGUCUACUACACCACCACCACCGUCAUCGCCGUCUUCAUCGGGAUCGUCAUGGUGGUCGUCAUCCAGCCAGGAAAGGGCGGAGCCAAACCAGACACACUCUCACAGCAAAAUCUGGAGGAGGUGAACGCCGCUGACGCCUUCCUCGACCUAAUCAGAAACAUGUUCCCUCCAAACCUGGUACAGGCCUGUACACAACAGUUUAAGACCCAGACGGGGAAGCGCACGGUGACGGUGAGGGUGUCGGUGAACAGUACGCUGAACGCUUCCGGUGAGCCCGAGGUGCUGAACUUUGAGGAGGACAUCCCGGUCCUCGGGACGGUGAACAGCAUCAAUGCCCUGGGCCUGGUGGUCUUCUCCAUGGGCUUCGGCCUGAUCAUCGGCAGCAUGAAGGAGCAGGGACAGCCGCUCAGGGACUUCUUCGACUGUCUCAACGACGCCAUCAUGAGGCUCGUCGCCAUCAUCAUGUGGUACGCUCCUGUUGGCAUUCUCUUCCUGAUUGGAGGGAAGAUCCUGGAGAUGGAGGACCUGUCAGCGAUGGGCGGAGCUCUGGGCCUCUACACCAUCACUGUCAUCGUGGGCCUGCUCAUCCACGCCAUCCUCGUCCUGCCCACCAUCUACUUCCUGGUCACGCGCAAAAACCCCUUUGUGUUCAUUGGAGGCCUCCUGCAGGCACUCAUUACCGCACUGGGCACCUCCUCCAGCUCUGCCACUCUGCCCAUCACCUUCAAGUGCCUGGAGGAGAUUAACGGUGUGGAUAAGCGCGUGACGCGGUUCGUGCUGCCAGUUGGAGCCACCAUCAACAUGGACGGCACGGCGCUGUACGAGGCGCUCGCAGCCAUCUUCAUCGCUCAGGUCAACAAUAUGGACCUUAACUUCGGCCAGAUCCUUACUGUCAGCAUCACAGCGACGGCGGCGAGCAUCGGUGCAGCAGGGAUCCCCCAGGCCGGCCUGGUUACCAUGGUAAUAGUGCUCACCUCUGUAGGACUGCCCACUGAUGACAUCACUCUCAUCAUCGCAGUUGAUUGGUUCCUAGAUCGCUUGCGCACCACCACUAACGUCCUGGGUGACUCGAUCGGCGCCGGCGUGGUGGAGUUCCUGUCCCGUCACGAGCUCCGUGCGGCCGACGCCGAGCUCGGGGACUCUGUCCUUGAGGAGAGCGAGAGGGAGAAAGUGCCGUAUCUGCCCGUCUCUCAGGAGAACGAGUGCGAGACCAACGACAAAAUCCACAACCACGAAAGCAGGAUGUAGCUAAACGCGUUAAUGACUCUGAGACGACCACAAACCCUCACAGAGAAAAAAACACUUUUGCUUCAACACUGAUGCAUUGUGGGUAAUGUGGACUCGCCAUUUUGUCAGGAAUUGUGUUGUUUUGUUUGUUUUCUGAUCACUGAAGUACCACAGAUUAAACUGGACCAGCAUGCUAAUGUACAGCAUCACUUUACGUCACGCACAAUUAGCAAAGCUCUAACAUCGCUGUCGGGGCUGCGCUAACUGUUAGCCGACUAGCCGAUUGUGUCACUGCUCUCUCUCCUAUUCUCUUUGUCUCUUUCACACACACACACACACACACACACACACACAAAGGCUAAAGCAAGUCUCAGUAAAUUAGUUUUAUAUUUUUAGAAUUUUAAACAAAAAUAUUUUUGUAAUAGUAAAGUUAGUCACGUUGUAUUCUGA